UAAAAAAAAUAAAUAUGCAACUUUUAAACGUGGGAUCCAUACCCUUUUAACGUGGGUCCCACGAAACCCCCCCACCCGCUUUCUUUGAGGGCAAUACCUCUCCGUUUUGCGGACAAUAUCGCCUUCAAUUUUAUGUUGUUUGGUGAGGCGGCUUGAUGCCUUCUACUUUUUCCACCGAUCGAUGAGAAUGAUUUUAUUGUGGGCCCCAUCAACGGUGAUGUAGCUUUUUCUCACACUACACUCACUCCCGCUCAGAGUACACGAAAGAAGAUGAAAAUGGCCAAUUCUCAUCAUAUCCUUCUCCUAACCCUAAUUGUUCUGCCGGUACUUUCCUACUCAUUGUCACUGGAAUCUCCCACCGAUCGCCGGGUUCUCGUCUUGCUGGAUGACUUCGCCUACUUCAAUUCGCUUCAAUCCAGGGGUUUCAAACUCGACUUCAAGCUCGCCGAUAGCGCUUCACCGAUACGAGCAGUGCUUGUAAUGAUAUCUGGAAUAAAGAAUCCAAAGAACAAGAAAAAAGACGCGUUGAAAGCUAAGUUAACGCGUGCUUCCGGACUCACUCGCGGACCGGGUCGCAAGACUCUCAACCGGCGGGGGUUGGGAAUGGAGAUAGCGAGACGGUCAACAUGUUUCCACGCUAAAGUCAGACGAAACGCGCAUUCUUGGUUUGCAACGCAGCGCUUUAUCUUGCUUUUCUCAGUCAAGACUCAAGACCUCUUACCAGGAACGAGAGAAGCACUGAAUUUCUUGAAGAUUAUAAAUAGCAGCACAAGAGCAGUCCUGUUAUUUGUAAAUUAACAGCAUUGGAUCGGAUCGGAUCGGAGUGGCUUUGGUUAUCAGAUUUCAUCAUCAACAACAACAAAACGGGUAUGUAAUUUUCUCUGUCACUCUCCAUACAUUUCUUCCAAAUCAUUUCUGCAUUAUUGUUGGUGAAACCUCAGGGGGCAGCAAAGGCUCAUUUUCUUGGUCCUUAACGGUUUUAAUUCUCUUUAAGCUUCUUCAUUCCUUACUCACCUCUACUUCUCUCUUUGCUUUUUAUAAGGACAAAAAUCCCAAAUCAUCACCUCACCCCAUUGCUUUUUUUUUUUUUUUAAAUAAUCACUAAUUCUGUUUUUUCGAACUUUCACUACUCCUCUAUCUGGGUAUUUCUUAAUCUCUGGUUCAUUGUUGUGGUUCAUUGUUGGUUUCCAUAUCUGGUGCACAUUCAUUCAUGCUGGUCUAUUAUAACAAUAGGAAUCCCUAAUCUCGGAAUAAUCUGUUGAAAUCUUGAUUUUUCGAAGUGGGUUUGUGGUUCUUAUUUUCUAGAACAGAACAAAAAAAGUGGAUAGCUUCAAGGCUCUGAUUGAAUCCUGGGUUUGGAGGUCUUUUUUUUCUUUGCUUUUGUUUAGAUCUGAAUUGAAGCCAUGGGAGGGUGUAUGAGCAAGAACAAGGCGGUUGAAGCUUCAUCUGCUGUGAGUCCCAACAACAAUUUGCAGUACUCGACUGAAUUGAGCUCCUAUAUGGCUGCUUGCAGGCGUGAUGAGGACUUGCGGUCCUUCGACAACGCCCUUGAAUUGCGCACCAAUCAUGUCAUCAACACUCUGGCUGUUGGUGUCGAAGUCAAAGCAGUUUCAUUUGAUUCCUUGAAGGGAAUUACAGAGUGCCUUCUGGAGAUGAAUCAAGACGUUGUUAAGGUUAUUUUGGAAUGCAAGAAUGACAUAUGGAAGAGCCAAGAAUUGUUUGAGCUUGUCGAAGAGUACUUUGAGAAUAGCUUGCGAACUCUAGAUUUCUGUACAGCAUUGGAGAAGUGCCUAAAGCGAACUCGUGAUAAUCAAUUGCUUAUUCUUCUAGUAUUGCAGCAAUUCGACGAAGAAAGUGAAGUUGGAGGGACAAAGUAUGUGAGGACUCUAAAGGAACUGAAGAAUUUCAAGGCAGCUGGUGACCCAUUCAAUGAAGAGUUCUUUGAUAUCUUUCAAUCUGUUUAUAAGCAUCAGUCAUUGAUGCUUGAGAAACUGAAGCUUAGAAAGAACAAGCUUGACAAGAAGCUCAAGUUCUUCCAUGCCUGGAGAAAAGUUUCAAGUGUGAUAUUUGUCGCAACUUUUGCUGCUGUACUAAUUUGCUCUGUUGUGGCGGCAGCUAUGGCUGCACCGUCUGUGGCAGCAGCACUUGCAGCGGCCACUUCGAUUCCAUUGGAUUCGAUGGGGAAAUGGAUUGAUUCUCUAUGGAGAAACUAUGAGAACGUAUUGAAGGGACAGAAGGAGGUGAUUACUUCAAUGCAAGCGGGAUCAUAUGUUGCUAUUAAGGACUUGGACAACAUUCGGGUUCUGAUUGAGCGAUUGGAGAUCGAAAUUGAAGCAUUAAUGCAAAAUGCGGAUUUCGCGAUUGAAAAGGAAGCUGUGAAGAUUGCAAUCGAGGAGAUUAAGAAGCAGCUGGGUGUGUUUAUUAAGAAUGUUGAGGAGCUGGGAGUACAAGCUGAUAUGUGCAGCCACGAUAUACUAAGGGCUAGGAAUGUGGUUGUACAGAGGAUCAUAAAACAGCCCAACGACUAAGAAGGAUGUGCCUCCAGUUACCUUCAACUGGCUAAUCACUGAUUUGUUAUUUCUAAAGACUUAUCUGAGCCCUUGUUGUAUUAUCAUGAUUAAUUCCUUUAUUUGUUGUAUUUUGGACCCCCCAGGGAUGGGAUCCGUGUUUGACUGUUUGUAAAAAUUGAUUAAAACUUUGUAAUAGACUUUUUUUGAAUUUCCA